CAGCGCAGCUCGAAUCAGUUUUGAAUUGAACGGCGUACAGACUAGAAGGUAGCAAAGCAGCGAGCGCACAUUCGCAGUCGUUUUUUAUCGCUUGAAGCUAGCAGAAGUCAAAACAAGCACAUAUUGCUCCAAGUAGCUAUAGUCAUUCAAGAACAGAACACCAAAUCAGGCAGAGAAGAGUUGGAGUGCGGUUCUUUCUUAUAAUUGUGUUACCGAGGAACUUCACUCAAAAAAAAAGCAAAGCCAACUCGAGCAGUUUUGUGUCCUAGCAAUCCCUACGUUUUGCUACAGUUGAAGCAAUAGACGGCUAACAUCCCAGUCGCGAUUUUUGACGAGCGUUUCGCGUUGCGGUCUUACUCAGUCAGUCAGUUCGAGCAUUUGUGAAGAAUUUGAGUUCUUUCGGACACGCGCGUCAGUCGAGAAUUGUACCUGCCCUACUUCUCUUGUGGACGGUCAACUACGAAAGCGCAAACACGUACACACUUCGCUGAAACAAAGUAAGGAAGAGCGUUCUUGAUUCAACUACGAAAUAACCAACAACCAAGUGCCAGAGAACACGCCGUGAAGAAUUCGCGCACGGUGCAUAGUUCAAAACAGCAUCAGCAAAAAUCUUCCAAAAAAAAACCGUGAUUUCUGAUUUCUUUCUUUCUCUUUCUCUUUGCAGAAAAAGAAGAAAAGUGGUUCGUACAAGAGUUCAAAUUCACGAAGAAAUUGCCGAAAGUGCAUGUGUGAGAAGAAGCAGAAGAGAAGAAAAAGUAAAAUCCAUCGAAAAUAAAUCAAAAGCAAGAAAAUCAUUCUUUGCAGUUUGGCAAAAGUUAGUGCAUUUUCUGAAAAGCGUGCGAAGUAGAAGGUGAAUGUUCUACUCGAAGAUUUGAGAUAACAGAAAAAAAAAUUAGAAAAUUAAACGAAACCAGUGCGAAACGAAUUGCCUCGUAGCAAAAUCGUAUUCAAUAUUCGGAGAAAAAAGAGUCCACACACGAAGAAAUUUGUAACGUGGAAGAUCGUGGAACCGGUUGAAGAAUAAAAAGUUUUCCAGCCAAAAAAAAAGUGUGCUCAAGUGUCUUUCCAACUAAUCAAACCAGGAAAAAAAAUUGCUCUGUGAAGUUGUUUGCAAUCCCGAAGAAAUUCGUGAAAACAAUAACCAAGGCGAAGAAUGUCGACAGCGAUAAUGCACACCGGGGCGUUUUACGAUUUUGGUGAUUUUACACUGAAGAGUCAGACAAAUUCCCGAAGCAACAGCACAAACAGCACCAGUAGUUCAGUCAGCAGCACCAGCAGCAAUGCCUCGUCCACCAGUAGCAGCAACAGCGGCGCCAGCAGUCCCUUAAUCAGCAGUCUAAGUCACCAUCAUAAUGGCACCGGCUCCAAUGGCAACGGUCCCAUUCUGUUGCAGCAGAACUUCAACGUUGUGACCCACCAGCAACAGCAGCAACACAACCACCAUCAGCACCACCACCACCACCAAUCGAGCAAGCAGCAGCAACACCAUCAACAUCUGCAGCACCACAGCAUCCAGCAACAUCAGCAGCACGCCAACCGACAGCUGCUAAUCCACAAUGCCCUCACCAGGACCACCUCCCAUCCGGUGUCGUCGUCGACGUCCUCUUCUAGUAAUAGCGAACGUUCAACGACGACGACGACGGCCGCCACCAUGGAAUCGCUGAUGGAGCUGCUGCGGAUGAGCCAGGCGGCUUCGGUCCUGGCGCAGACACGUGCCUCGGCAUCGACGCUGGUCCUGCCGGGUAGCAGUGGUGCGGCGACGGCGGCUGCAGUGGCAGCGGCUAAUCACGUGGUUGCCGGUGGGGGAGCUGGUGGUGGUGGCGGUGGCCACCGGAAGCUGGAGCGGACCCAGUCCGAACCGUUGCCGCAGCAGGUUAACACUUCGAGGUACAAGACGGAACUGUGCCGACCGUUCGAGGAGGCCGGUGAAUGCAAGUAUGGCGACAAGUGCCAGUUCGCGCACGGCAUCCAGGAGCUGCGCAACCUGCAGCGUCACCCGAAGUACAAAACCGAACUGUGCCGCACGUUCCACAGCGUCGGAUUCUGCCCGUACGGGCCGCGGUGCCACUUUGUGCACAACGCCGAGGAAGCACGCAACCACAACCGUUCGGUGGCUGCCUACCAUCAGGCUCAGCUUCUGGCUGCGGCCGCAGCUGCCUCAGGUAAGGGAGGAGCUUCGUCGCGAGAGGGUGGUCAGCUGCAGCAACAGCACCAGCUCCCACUGAGCCCGGCACUCUCGAUGUCGACGGGCUCGGAUCGGGCUUCACCGAUCGGAUCGUGUCUUUCGCUCUCGCCUACGACCUCGAUGGCCAGCUUCUUCCCGGAGCAGGGAAGUCCCACCUUUGCGCCACCUUCGUCUGCGAACGGUAUGCAGGGAGGCACGGCCUUCAAUUUCCCGGCUUCGCCGCCGGCCAGCCCCGUCGACGGAGGCCUAUCGCCCAUGGCUGGAACUCCUCCACCCUCGUCCCCGGGACUUGUGGCCGCCAUGCAGCAUGGAGCCGGAAGCAACAAGACGACUGUAGCAUCAACGCUAGCCGGCGGUGAUGGCGAUGCCCGACUUCCGGUGUUCAACCGGAUCAGCUCAACGGUGGACGCUUUCACCAAUCUCAUGAUCUAAGCAAUAGUUUAAGCUAGGUUUUUGCGGGGUCCCUUCGUAGACGAAAGAUGGAAAAAAAGCGUUUGAUUUUCAAGCACUGUGCGUUCGUGUUCCGGUGAGAGUUGAAUGUUCCCUUUUUUCUGUACGCACGCACCCCAAACAUCACCCCAAAGUUGGUGGUAUCUCUCUCACUCGUAUGAGCAUUGAAAGUAGAGAAAAAGAACGCAAAAUUGCUUGAAACAAAUGGAUGCACUCAAAGAAAGUCUCAAGACACAAACACACAUUGAAAAGGAAGGAAUCCCCCCGGAAAUUGGUUGCUGAUGAGGAGCGCAGAAGUAAGCAUAACGUUUGAUGGUGAUGAUCAAGCACAACAGAUAUUUAUUUUUCAAAACCAACAACAACAACCGCACUCUGGACUGCACACAGAAAACUGCGAUAAACCCCCCACUCCCCUGGCUAGUUUGCUAAGCUAACUAACUAGCUAGCUAGUUGCUUGUGUUAUAUAUAUUUUUGUAUAAAAUUUUUUCCGUGGGUUUUUCGCAGAGACUAGGUAUGUAGUAGUACUAGUUUUCAAUUACGCUCGCGAGCGCGCUGGGUAUGGAUGCAAUGCAGGCACAUGUUAUAGGAACAAACUAAAAAAAAUAUGUAUAUCAAAUCGUAUAUGUAUCGUACACAAGACGCCUAACACACAUACAAGUAAAAAAAUCGUAGGAAUGAAAAUGCGAAACAAACGAAAACAGCAAACAAGCAAGCAACAAGGACACUAGAAAGAGAGACAAACGAAAAGGUGAAAAACUUAUUUAAUCUUAUUUAUUUUUUAUCGACUAUGAUUGUAAUUUUAUUUAAAAAAAAAAAACAAAUCAACAAAUUCAAACGUACGACUAAUAGAAGAAGAAGAAGAACGUUGAAUGAAUUCAUAAUUAAUCAAGCACAAAUCAAUAAGUUCCAAGAGAAUGUUGGCAGGUCUCGAAAUGAAAGAAGAAAAAAAAUGAAAAAUCAGCAAUCGCAAAAAUACACAAAACUCUUAAUGAUAGUUUUUGGACUGGAAUAUCACGUAUUUUUUCUGUUUUGUUUUUCCUUCUGUGUAUUCGAGAUAUUUAUAUAUAUUCUGAUGAACUUUGUUCGUUGUUAUGUUACUAAACCCACUACACAUAUUUGAUCAAACUGCUUGUGAGGGACCUGACCAAUAGAUUGCGAUCUAGAGCGAGAAAGGGACAGUUGUCGGCUAGGAAGAAGGAAAGUGUAAUUUAUUUAGAAAAGAAAGUACCGAAGAGCUUCCAGUGAGAAUGAAUUUCGAUUUCAGUUAACUAAUUAGUGAAACAUAUAAAAAAACACACGCGGAUCAUCUUAUUUAAUUAACUUUUUGAGUAGUCAAACGCGAAACAAACAAACCACACGCGAGACAUUUCUCUCCUUUGUGUUUCAACUCUACGUAAAAACAAGUAAGCUUAUUAUUAUUAUUAUAAUUAUUAUUAUGAUUAUUGUCAAACCCCUAUCAUUAUUAUUUCUUAAUUUAUUUUAUUUAUUUUUCUUCCACUGCUUUACUUUUUUCUCAAAAAAAAAAACCAAUGCGAUACAAAUAUACGACUAUUGAAACAAGCAAGCAAACGUUAGGUUUCCUACCCCCCUUUAUUUUAAAAUACAAUCAAUAAAUGUAACGUUUUUGCAUAAUCACUCAACUAUUUAAAUAACUAAUUAACAAAAAGAAAACAUGAAAAGUACACACGAACACACGCUUAAAACAAACAACCAAUCAAUCGACCCCUUUUUAAUCCAAUCCAAAACGGGAAGGUGGGUAGAAGACAAUUUCUGUUUAGCUCUUAAGAAGGAAAAUUUCGUGAGGAAAAAACACUAGUUAGCCUACCCCCUGUAUCUAUCUAUCAAUCUAUUUGUGUAUGUAUAGUUUAGUAAUUUAUAUUCAGUCGCCUAAAUUUGCAGAUAUUUCUCUUGAUGAUUAUUAUACCUAAUUUAACGGUUUUUUUUUCGAGAUAGUCACACCCCGGGAAUCGAUUUGUUCCGGAGGUUUUCUCCGGCUGUCCUUUUUUUCCCGCGGUUGUUGGUCGUCACCAGCUAGUGCCUUAAUAGUUUUCGAGACUAUACCUAGAGUUCAGUAGUUUAGUAGCUUUUGUGGGAAUAGAGUAGCAGAUAGAACUACUGCCCUUCUUCAGUAGGGAAAAGAAACGACGUGUAGAAGAUGUAUUUCUCUCAGCUUUGCUACACACGCGCGUUUCCAGUCAUGUACAGUCGAGUAAUCCGUUUACAAUUCACGUGUUUUUUUUUUUGUCAGUGUUUAACUUUUCCCACGCUUAACACCCCCACAUCUCCCUUUUUCAUAGUUUAUUCUUAUCUCCCGAGUGUUCAGAUUUGUGAGUGAGAGUACUGGGGAAAAAAUCAGAACACAACUCUGAAACUUUGGACUAAAUCUGAACAGACUUUAUUGACACUCGUAUCAUUAAAAACAUACAAAAAGAGGAUGGUAAACCGCAAUUUUGAAAGCUUUCUUCCAAUCAAAACUAUUCUUCCAUUUUAUACUGUGUUAAGCACGCAUUCAAACUGCGAAUAAAAAAAAUGUCAAUCAACGAAUGUGUUGAAACAAGUUGUAAAAAUACAGAGAUGAUUUUAAGGUGCCGUCUUACGGCACAGACGAACACAGGAGAACCGUCCCUCGGGUCCUUUGCAAUGUGCAUCUUAAAUUCUUGUCUUCGUAAUUUACCAUAAUUGUUUCCCGAUGAAACAAAAUUAAAGACCAAUCGUCUAAAAUCAACAUUGAAUUUUUUUCUCAGUGUAGACGUCAAAAUUGCUUUCUACACUCAGGAAAAAAUCAUCUGAAAACAUUGUUGCAUUUUUUAGCUGACAAUUCUUGGCUCAAAAAUGGACCAUUGCUUGCUUAUUAUCAUUUAAACAGAGAAAAAAUAGUUUUCGGUAACAAAAAACAUUUAAAUUCAGACAGGUAUGCACAUGUGAAUGGGAACACGGGGACGGAUCCCGGAAAAAACUGCUUUAAUUUCCCAUUGUGAGGUUAGAUUGUAAGGCAUAAAAGACACAUAUUAUAAAAACAAUAAACGACGGAAAGAAAAAUCCAAUCUAUCUAUCUAUCUAUAUAUAUCGCUUCUAUAUAUUUUUUUCCUUCUAUAAUAUUUUUGUAUAAAUCGAACAUCGACGACGAAAUGAUGAACGUAACGUAAAAAAACACUCAAUCUUCCAUUAGAUUUAAGGAAACUGAAAACAAAUGAUUAUUAUAUAUGGCAUAAUUAUUAUUAUUAUAUUAUCGUAAUUACUAUUAUUAUUAUUGCUACUAUUAUUACUACAAUCAAAGGUGAAAAAAACCGUAAUCAAACACAACAUGAAAAUUAUCCAAUAGCUUUUGUAUAUCUUAUUUUUCCCCUCAACCACAAUGAUGAAACCAACAAAACAAUCAACACAAGCUAUUAUUUGUGCUUCAAAACAGUUCCACUCUUUUUAAUAUAAACACAACAACACAUGAUCAAUCUAUCAACUCGUCUAUCUAUCUAUUUUUUUUUUUUUUUUUUGUAUGUGUCAACAAACAGCUAACAUUAAUUUAAUUGAAAAAAAUAUGAUUUUCUUGUGAUUUUAGUACGUAUAGUAAGCAACAACAACAACAAACAAAUCAACAAAACACUUGAAUAAAAAGUCAUUUUGUGUAGUAAAAAGUAAUAAUCAAAA